GGUAGGAUAAUUCUUUUUAUCGUAGAUCCAAUGUUUUCUCCAUACCCCAAUAGACUACAGUAUCGCUCGCAGCCCUCAAGAGCUAAAAUUGAUGAGUGUAUGGCGCCUAGCCUUCUAAGAUUUGCAACCACGCCGGGAGGGGAGGCCCCUAUCUGCGAGGGUGAUGGAGACGAUCUUAUGAAAUCUUAUCAAAGUCGUAUUAACCAUGCUUUGAGUGUGAUUCGAGAGAGCGGUGUGCCGCUGGCCCGGCCUCCCGAGCUUACCCAUCAAGCUACACAACAGCAUAUAGAGGGAGAUGAGAACUCCGAAAUGGAAUUGGAAGAUGUUCUUGAGGUACGUCAACAAGAGGAGGAUGUUCCAGUUCGAAUGCUCGAUAUCUUUCACGCUGCCUGCGAUGGGGACUGUAAAAUGAUAGAGUUAAAUUUACAGGCUGGCGUCAAUGUCAAUAUUAUGGGGCAGCCCAAUCCAACGGCUUACAAUGGUGUGCAGUUUGAGAAGCGUUGGACUUAUUUUGCGACGCCUCUGAUUUUUGCUGCAGCCUUUGGUCGUGAGGAAGCAGUAUUGUGUUUACUGAAGCACGGUGCCGAUAUGCGAAUUCUGUCUUCUACGUGUCUAACAGCGAAGGAUAUUGCUGUUCAGCGUGGGUAUCAGGCCAUUGUUAACAUACUUGAAGAGUCUGGACGCGAUAUAUGAAGUUGAUAUGUCGACCACCUUAAAUGGUUGAAACUACUCAACCUAUAUUUAUCAAAAUGUAAAAAAAAUAUACGUGUUAUUAUUUAAUAUAAUUUUUAUUUUGGUAUUUCGUCAAGGAUAGCAUGACCUGUUUAUUCCAAAUCGCAGGUGUGUUUCCUCGAUCACUUGCUGUUGUGCUCGGUGAUGUGCACGCCUUAUUGCUUCUUGAUGUGUUUGCUUUUACUCUUCAUGUUUAUUAAUGGUACUGAAAAUAGUGGGCUCAAUCCAAAUGAAA